UCCAAUUAAUGCUUCAACGACGCCUUGUCUAAGCUUAUACCAAGUCUCUGCUAGAGAUUGAUUGAAGAUUAUCCAAUCGGCCGCCUUUACCGUGAGUUGAUAAUUAUCAAGAAAUUAAGGAAACAAAUGGUCUGAAUAUUCUCUUUAGCUGUUGGCCAUUUCCCGUCUAUAUAAUUAAUACAAGCGUGGACUAAUGGAGAAUUUGAAAGCAGCACCUGAAGCCUUUGAGACACUUUAUAAACUAAUCCAACUGUGAAAAAGAAUAUUUUCUUUUUCAGCUGCAGCAACCGACAGAUAUUUUCAAACCAUGAAGUGGGUUUUCCGGUUCUGGCUUUGUUUGGUCUUGGUGCAGUUUAAUGAUUACAAAUAUUGCUUUGGUUGCCAUGAGGAAGAGAGGGUUGCUCUUUUGGAACUCAAAACAUCUUUCUAUCCGGACGAAGGCUAUGCUCCUCCUUCUUGGGAGGAGGAUGAUGAUGGUGACUGUUGUGGUUGGGAAAAUGUGGUGUGUGACAAGGCGACGCAACGAGUGAGUAAGCUUUUUCUCAACAGCUCAUGGGAGGAAGUAUUUGAAGAUGUGUAUCUCAACGCCUCCCUGUUUCUUCCAUUUAAAGAACUGGCUUUCCUCAACUUGUCUUCAAACAUGUUUUCUGGUUUGGUUGAUAAUGAUGGCUUUGAAAGAUUGUCUAAACUGAACAAGCUGAGAUUCCUUGACUUGAGCGGGAGCUACUUUAAUGACAGCAUUCUUACACAGGUUGGAGCAAUCUCUUCACUUGCUACUCUAUCUCUGGCUUCCAGUGUAAUGACCGGAGCGACUCAUUUCCAAGAAAUGGCUGCUCUGCGUAACUUGGAGGAGUUGGACUUGAGUAAUAAUCUGUUAGAAAGCUUCAUGGAGAUUCAAGGUCUUAGAAAUAUGAGCAAACUGAAAGUCCUAAAUCUAAACUCGUGUAAGCUCAACAUGAAUACUUUACAAUCUCUCGGGAAUCUCCAUUCGCUGAAGAGGCUUUAUCUCAAUGAAAACACCUUGGAAGGAUCCAUUACUGUUCAAGAGCUGAACAGUUUGACAAACUUGGAGGUCUUGGAUGUCUCUUCCAGUCGUCUUAACAGCAGCUUUCUUCAGGUUUUGGAGCAAAUGAAAUCUCUCAAAGGCUUAUCCUUGCGAGAUAAUAGUCUCAAUGGCACCCUGCAUUCACUAGGCUUGUGCAAACUUAAGAAUCUUGAAGAGUUGGAUAUCAGUUAUAACAGUUUCACAGGCACAAUGCCUCCUUGCAUCGAAACCUUGACAUCCCUUCGAGUUUUGGAUAUCUCUAGGAACAGGUUUUCAGGGAACAUUAGCUCAUCUUUCAUCUCUAGCCUCAUUUCCCUUGAGUUUCUUUCCCUUUCUUACAACGAAUUCCAAAGUUUGGCCUCAUUUUCCUCAUUUGCUAACCAUUCAAAGCUUGAGGUCUUUGAACUUAUCUGCCAUAACAAUGGAUCAGUGGUUGAAAUCGAUGAUCAUAUGUGGGUUCCACACUUCCAGCUGAAGAUCCUCCGUCUUGCAAGCUGUUCAGUUGAUAAAGGAUCCUUGUUGAAAUUUCUUUCUUACCAAUAUGAUCUUAGAGUGAUUGAUCUCUCCAAUAACAACUUGGACGCAGAUUUUCCUACUUGGUUGAUGGAGAAUAAUACAAGGAUAGAAGAACUACAUUUGAACAAUAAUUCUUUCAAAGGCCAAUUUCCUCUUCCAUCUCGUCCUAUCGCAUUCAUCUCAGUGGUUGAUAUCUCCAAUAAUCAGCUUCAAGGAUAUAUCCCAUCAAACAUUGGUGUCUAUCUCCCAAACCUGAAAUUUCUGAAUCUGUCAAAGAAUUCCUUCAAAGGCAGCAUACCUUCUUCGUUUGGUGAUAUGAAAAGUCUGCUUGUUUUGGACCUGUCAGUUAAUGAAUUCUCAGGAGACAUACCUGAUAGCUUGGUCUUAGGUUGCUUCUCGUUACAUGCUCUCCUAUUGUCAAACAACCAUCUUACAGGCCAAAUGUUUCCAAAGUUUUCUAAUCUGACCAGCUUAGAAAUUCUGCGUUUAAAUGGGAAUCUCUUUCGUGGAAAUAUCCCAGAUAGUUUGCUUAACAGCUCAGUUCUGAAGACACUAGAUGUUAGUCACAACUCCUUAUCAGGUAAGCUGCCAACUUGGUUGGGAAAUUUGACUGAUUUGCAAACACUUUUGAUGGCCGGGAAUCACCUUGACGGACCAAUUCCUGUUGAGUUCUGUUCACUUCAGGGCAUUGAAAUUCUAGAUCUUUCACAAAACUAUCUCUCAGGUUCCAUCCAAUCUUGCUUUAGCCCAAUAUCCCUUCUUCGAGUACACUUGUAUGACAAUAAACUCACAGGAUCAAUAUCAAAAUCCUUCUCUGGAAGCUCAUCUUUAGUGAUUCUAGACAUCAGAAACAACUCCCUGAGUGGAAGUAUUCCCAGUUGGAUUUCCAAUCUCAGUUUGAGCAUUCUUCUCCUGAAAGAAAACCAGUUGGAAGGAAGAAUCCCUGCCGAGUUGUGUCAGUGUUCCAUGAUGACCAUUCUAGAUCUUUCUCACAAUAAUCUCUCAGGUCAUAUUCCUUCUUGCUUGAACAACAUACCGUUCAAAAUAGGGUUUCGUUCUGGAAAAUUUCGCAUAUCUAUUUCCGUGGAUAUUGAUCAAGAGUUGCCAGCCUAUUCAUAUCAAACCAGCUAUGUAAAGUUAUCUCAAAGACCUUAUGCUAACCCUGUAGGUUAUGAAAUAGCCUAUGCUGAGUUCACAACCAAGAAUAGGUCUGACUUCUACAGGAACAACUUUUUAUACAACAUGACUGGAAUUGAUCUUUCUUGGAACAAACUGACAGGCAGAAUACCACCCGAAAUGGGGCAUCUGGAGCUGAUUCGUGCACUGGAUCUUUCACAUAAUGAAUUCAGUGGUUCAAUCCCAACAAACUUUUCAGGCCUGAAGAGCAUAGAAAGCUUGGACCUAUCUCACAACAAUUUGACUGGACCAAUUCCUGAGCAGCUGACAGAGCUGAACGCGCUGGCAUAUUUCUCUGUAGCUUACAACAAUUUAUCCGGAAAAAUACCUGACAAACGGCACUUUGAUACUUUCCUGGAAAACAGCUACGAGGGAAAUCCUUUUCUUUGUGGGCCAGUGUUGAAGAAAGACUGUAACCCAACCCCGAAACAAUCACCGGGCGGUCUUGAUGAUGAUCAUGGAGGAAACAGUUUCAUGGAGAUGGUGGCUUUCUGGUUAAGUUUCCUUGUGUCUUACGUAACAGUGGUGGUGACACUCAUUGCUGCUCUCUACAUCAACAUGGACUGGAGAAAGAAGUGGUUUCAGCUGAUUGAUGCCUGCAUCACUACUUGUUCCUGUAAGUCCACCAAUCGGAAUGGUUAGAAAUUUCCAUCCUUGUUAUGGAAAGAAAAUGCCCACCACUGCACAAGCUAAACCCAGAGCUAAAACUGUGUAAAAUCCUAGCCAUAUAUUAAUGAUAUUACCAUCCAUUUCCAAUCCCAAAAGAACAGCAAAAUCCAGUUCAUUUGAUGAUU